CCAUUCUCAGACAAAAUCAAAAAAAUCAUGCUUUCAAAUUCCAUCCUCUACUAAGCUGUCCAAAAGCUUCAAUCCAACCACACCAAUUCCUCGUCUUACGCGUUUCCUUUCGCUACAAAUUCUUUCAUUUUUCUUUCCUUUUUUUCUGUAAACCAAAAGCUUUGGCAGCAAAUUACAAAUCAAUGGCUUUCUACUUGAACUGCAAUACCCACUUCUUCUUCAAGUUUUCACUCCUUUUCUCCCUUUUGAGCUUCUCCUUCUCCCAAUCCGACGUCGUCGAGGCUCCGUCUCCGGCCGCUGAUUCUUGCAACGGAAUCUUCUUGUCUUAUGCUUACAGUUCCGGGACCAAGUUGAAACCCACAGAUCCUACCCACCAGCCCUACAGGUUCGAGUCGGUUUUGACGGUGCUCAACAACGGCGAUGAGGAGCUUAAAUCGUGGAAGGUUUCCGUGGAGUUUCAAAACGAUGAGUUUUUGGUUUCCGCUUCGAAUGCGGUUUUGGCUGACGGGACGAGUUUGCCUGCCAAUGUGGGGAACGGCACCGUUUUCGCUGGGUUCCCGAUGAGUGAUCUCAAAACGGCGAUUGAAACGGCGGGGGAUUUGACUCAGAUGCAAGUUCAAGUUAAGCUUCUUGGAACUCAGUUCGGAGUGGCGGCUCCUGAUGUGCCCUUGCCUAAAAAUAUUCAGCUUGCUAAUGAUGGGUUUAUUUGUCCCAAGGCUUCCAUGCAAGGUAAAAACGAGAUGCAAGUUUGUUGCAGGAAAGACCCGAAAUUCAAAGCGAACGUUACCAUAGAUGAGGAAUUCCUUCCUCGGCAAAGUGGCGAUCUUACGAUUAUGUAUGAUGUGACCAGAACCUAUGAUUCGAACUAUUGGGCGCAGGUUACUAUCUCGAACCAUAACCCCCUUGGGCGUCUUGAUAAUUGGAAGUUGAGCUUUGAUUGGAUGAGGGAUGAGUUUAUAUAUACCAUGAAAGGGGCUUAUCCAUAUGUCGUUGAUUCAUCUGACUGCAUAUUUGGCACGCAAGGACAACACUAUAGAGAUCUAGACUUUGCCAAUGUGUUGAAUUGUGAGAGGAGGCCAACAAUUAUCGAUCUGCCACCUACAAAGGCCAAUGAUACAACCCUUGGACUGAUCCCAAAUUGUUGCCGAAAUGGUACAAUAUUGCCGCCAUCAAUGGACCCUAGCAAGUCAAGUUCAGUAUUCCAGAUGCAGGUCUUUAAGAUGCCACCAGACCUCAACCGCUCUGAGCUUUCUCCUCCACAAAAUUGGAAGAUCAAUGGCUCAUUGAACCCUGAUUACAAAUGUGGCCCACCAGUUCGUGUAAGCCCUAGCCAGUUCCCAGACCCAAGUGGCUUGCCAUCAAAUACGACCGCAGUUGCUAGCUGGCAGGUGGUUUGCAAUAUUACACAUCCCAAGGGUGCAAGCCCCAAGUGCUGUGUGUCCUUUUCUUCCUACUACAACGAUUCAGUUGUUCCCUGCAGAACUUGUGCAUGUGGGUGUCCUAGCAACACGGCUCGCACUUGUAGUACAACAGCUCCAGCAGUUCUUCUUCCACCCGAGGCGCUUCUCUUUCCGUUUGAGAACCGAACUGCUAUGGCCCAAGCUUGGGCUGAUCUUAAACACCGAACAGUGCCAAAUCCAAUGCCAUGUGGUGACAAUUGUGGUGUCAGCAUAAACUGGCAUGUUCUUACUGACUACUCCCGAGGGUGGAGUGCUAGGAUCACGAUAUUCAACUGGGACGAGACUGCCUUCCCCGAUUGGUUUGCUGCGGUACAAAUGGAUGAAGCGACCCGAGGGUUUCAAAAGAUGUAUUCCUUCAAUGGAAGUGCCUUGGAAUUGAAUGGUGUUAACAAUACUAUAAUCAUGCAAGGUCUUCCUGGAUUAAACUACAUUGUAGGAGAAACUGAUGGAGCCAACCCAAAGAAAGAUCCAAGGGUGCCUGGAAAACAACAAACUGUAGUCUCGUUUACCAAGAAAAAUACCCCCGGCAUUAACGUAGCUGCAGGUGAUGGAUUUCCCUCUAAAGUGUUUUUCAACGGCGAGGAAUGCGCUCUACCUUCAGUAUUGCCAACAAACAACAGUAACAGAGAGGGCUCCACUACAAUACUCACAAUCUUCCUUGCAGUUUUUGUGUUCAUAAUGUUGCAUCAAUAGCUAGGAUGAGCCGUUCUUGCUGCGAUGAGAGAGACCCGCAUGGUUUUGUAACCGAUACUGAUUCGUUAAUUCUUUCAAGUGGUUUGAUCAUUACAUGCCAUUCGAUGUUACUAAAAAUGCCGUGGAAUUUGAUAGGCUGCUCUGCUGUCUCUCUGGUUUAUUGUGAUAUGGUCUCCACAAACUUACAAGCACAUGUAAUGAUCCAUGAUCAUAUAAGAAUGUAGCCAACAUUGAUUUUCCAUA